AUGGAUCGUAUGUGGUAACGUCUAUGUACUUAAUGCUUGAGCGGCUGUUAGCGAGUCCGUUCUCUUCUUCAGCUUACUCUAGUCUAACUGAUGCUACUGAUUUUGCUCUUAAUUUUUAGUUUUAAUCGGUCUUGAUCUCUUCUUUGGCUAUUCUCUUCUCACUCUUCCUCUUCUUCUCUCUUACUCUUCUUUCCACUCUUUCUUUUCUUUCUCUGUUCUUCUCUCUCUUGUUUCUCUCUUUCUCUCCACUCUACUUUUAUGUUCUCUCUUAUUUCUUUCUUUUUUGUCGUUCUCUACUACUUCACUGGCUUCUUCUUUUUUUACCUAGCGUAUCUUUCAACCUUCUUACUCUGCAGUCUUUUUUCUUAGGCUGCUGUCUGCAUGCGCUCUCCCUCUACCGAUUGUUUGACUGCUGGGCUGUUCUUGAGAUUUCCCCUCUUUGCGUUUGCACGAGCUUGAAACGUUCCACUCUAAGUCUGUUAAGUGUUACUCUACUGUCUCUCUUAGUCUCCACUACUAAUAGUGAUGCUAUCUGUUUACUUCUUGCCCUUAACUCUCUGAAGGAUGUCCUCGUCUUAUUUCUGUUUCUUUGCAUAUAAUGCUCUAUUUUUCGGAGGAAACAUGAGAUCAGGGCGUAUUAGAAAGACAGUUGGGUGAAGGAAAGGUUGCUAUAUGAGCGAGCAGUGGGGAGGAAUACGUUUCAAAGAGCAAUCUCCACUGACUUGGUCAGUCUCGACAGAAGGAUACAGACCCGUCGUCCGUUGAAGGGGGCCGGCCAGGUCCACCUCCUACCGGCUUCGUUAGAGAUCCACUGGCUCCCUGUCCCCAUCUACUGCCACUCAACCCCCCAUGUCAGCUUGAUCAGUCGGGAGCCUAUGGAGAUUGGGCGCUCCUCUCUCACCCUCCUGCAGAGGCGCCAGCGCCGCUUCACCAACUCUGCCUCUAUUGGGAGUGAAUUGACAUCGUGGUGGUAACCUGCCCCCUUUAAAGGGCCGAGCGCCACCGGCAUAGGGGGAGUCCGGGUUGAGUUCAUGACCAUCCAGUCCUCUCCGACCGCAACCCUGCUGCAAGUUCACCUCCGCCUCUUCCCCUCUCUGACCUCAACUCACACCCUGUGCUGCUCUGGUGGAUUCUGCGCCGAAGCACAUAAAUGGACACAAGCUGGCACGCCAAACUUGGCUGGAGAACUCCGUUUGACACCUCUAUUCCUGCCCGGUCCUGGACGGACAACUACUCGGAUCGGUCACUCAUGUCACGGCCCCGCUCGUGGUUCUGUCCGGAAACCAUCACAAGAAACUAUCCAGUUUUCACACCUGCUUCCCCUCUCCAGGCCACCCCUCAUCCUGGGUUACCCUGGCUCCUCCGGCACAACCCUCAGCUUCGACCUGGGUGACCGGGGUGAUCGGGAGUGGGGAGGGACUGCCACCGACCUGCUUGCUUGCUGCCGCACGACCCCCUCGGCCAGGGUACCUACUAACUCCGCUCGCGACCUCUCCAAUGUCCCAGAAUGCUACCAUGGUUCGCAGAUUAGGUGUUUAACAAAGCAAGAGCAAUCUCUUCCCCUCACCGCCGUACGACUGUGCCAUCCGACUCCUCCCUGGAACAGCCCCUCAAAGGGUCGUCUUUAUUCCGUGUCCUCGCCUGAAAGAAAGUCCAUGGAGGACGACACAUGGCUCUCUGUCCGCAGGAUAUCCGUCAUCUUCUCUCCUGCUGGUGGCCUGUCUUCUCUUUGUGGGGAAGAAGGACGAAUCUCUUCGCCCUGCAUCGACUACCAGGGGACUCAACGCAUCACAGUGCAAAACCGUUUGUACCCCCCCUCUGCCUCUGCUCACCUCUGCUUUUUGAGUUGCUCCAUGAGCCACUGUUUUUAAUAAUAACCAAUUUUGACCUCAGAAACGCUACCACCUAGUGCGGAUCCGGCGACGAUUAAUGGAAAACCGCAUUCCAUACACCAACAGGCCACUACGAGUAUCUGGUUAUGCCUUUUGGCCUCAAAACAAUCUCUGCUGUGUUCCAGGCUCUCGUGAAUGAGUACUUGCGGGACAUGUUAAACAAGUUUUUUGUCCUUCGUUUACCCUGGAUGACAUCUAAUCCACUCCAGAAACCUGUCUGACACCCCGCCAAUGUCCAGUCAAGUCCUUCAAUCGUCUUCCUGGAGAAUUCCCUCUACGCCAAUGCAGAGAAAUGUGAGUUUCACGCAAGACAUGGCCUCCUGGGGGUGGGAACAUAAGUGGCAGAAGGAAGUAUCCAACUGGAAUCCUUCCAAAGUAUCAGCAGUCCUUCCAUGGCCAGUUCCGGAGAACAGCAAGAAGCUGCAACAUUUUCUGGGGUUGCUACUUUUCUAUGAAAUUUUAUAUCGAACUACAUACCGUUUGCUCGCCCCUCUCACUGCUCAAACCAGCACCAAGCACACCCUUCACCCCUGGAUCCCCAGCCGCCGACAAGCCCUUCAGUACCUCAAGGUGAGGUUCACCUCCGCUCCCAUCCUCCAGAUGCUGAUGUGGACGGCAAUUCAAUUGUGAGGUGGACGCCUCGGAUUUGGAGUUGGUGCUGUGAUUCUCAGUGGGUCUGCGGAGGAUAGGCAGCUCCAUCCCUGUGCCUUUUUCUCACGUCGGUUGUCCCCCUCUGAGUGCAAUUAACGACAUAGGGAACCGUGAGCUGCUUGGCUGUGAAGCUUGCCUGGAGUAUGGCGUCCUGGCUGGAGGGGUCCACCAUUCCUUUCUCGUUUGGACCGAUCCAUAUAACUUGGAAGUACAUCCGCAGCCAACGGUGAACUCCCAGGCAGUCCCGCUGGGCCCUGUUCUCACAUUUUAAUUUCACUCUGUCAACCGGCCUGGAUCAACGUACACCAACCACGCCAGACGCCUUCUCCCCGUCAAUUCCCAGAAGGAUGCACCCCCUCCAAGGACCCUGUGUCGAUUCUGCCAAGUCCCCUGCAAUCGUGGCAAGCUCUGACCUGGGCUGUUUAGGACAGGUGCUGAGGCUCUCCGUAACAGCCAGGUCCCAGCACUUGCCCCAGCUGCGACUUUUUUGUCCCCGCAGACCUGAGGGUCCCAGGGGUCGUUCAGUGGGGACAAUGACUCCCCUCCCGCUUAGCUUGUCACCCUGGCUUCCACCCGCACUUACACCUGCUCGCCAGAGUUCUGGUGCCCUAUCUGAGAAAGGAGUACGGGAAUUCGUCCAAGCCUUCCCAUCUGCAAACCAACACAAGCGUCCUGCCAGCCCCAGCCCGGAUUGGGCUGUCAGCCCCCGCCUGUGCCCAGACGUCCCUUGUCCAUCACUCGCCCUGACUUUUGUCACGGGGCUGCCCCCUUCAAGGGCAUGACCUUCAUUCUCACCAUAGUUUAUGACCGUUUCAUUCAAGCAGAUGGGCACACUUCAUUCCCUCCCCAAGCUCCCAACCUCCAAGGAGACCGCCCAGGUGUCCUGGAACACGUCUUCCGGAUCCACGACUGCCAAAGGAUGUAGUUGUCUGACCGUGGUCCACAAUUCGCCUCCUCUUUUGGAGGAGUUCUGUCACCUGCUGGGAGCCACAGUCAGUCUGCUUCCGUAUUCCACCCCAAUCCAAUGGGCAUUCAGAGCGGGGCCUAAUCAGGCAGAGCUCGAGAAAUGGCACGCGAUGCAUUAUUCACGCAACCCCCCAUCCUGGUCGCAUCAAUUGACAUGGUGGAAGUCCGCACACAUCUUCUCUGAUCUGCUCUGCCUUCGGUAUGUCCCCCUUUCCCAUGUGUUAAUGGAUACCAGCCUCCUUCUAUUUGCCAAGCCAGGAAGAGGAGGUUACUUUCCCAUCUCACUUGCCUUUGCCCGUCGAUGUCGCCGCACCUGGUCACAAGCCGAGCCACACUCCCAGAUCCGUUGCCAGCUACACUACCACACUACUUUCUUUUUCCCCCUGGGGCUUUUCCGGGGUGGGGUGGGGGUGACAGGGCGGAGAAGGAGUGGGGAGAUGGUAUACGUGGCAUCUCGCUCAGCGCUGCUCGCUUCGCCCUCAUGAGGCUGGAGGAGGGACCGCCUCACACCAAGAACUGGAGGUCAGUGAUUCACAGAGGCUAAAUGCCAUCUACUCACAUCUAUAAAAUACACUUAUAUUAUUGCACAAGCUUUAUUCAUCACCUGUAUCAUACUGAACUCAAGGGAAAUGUAUUUGUUUGUAGGUAACUCACUCAUAUUCAAGUAUGUUCAAAAACAGACAUUACAUCAACGGGCCAUGACUUAUGGCGGUUUCCAGCUUUAGUUACUUUCUCUGUAAGUCUGACUGUGACUGAAUGUUGAUAUUGCUGCUGGUUAGGCCUCAGAUCAUGGUGCUGGUGAGUGUGGAUGCAGAACAGAAUGUGGAGCAGCCCCGUCUGCUGUCCCUGACCAAUCAGCUGAAAGCAGGAAAAGGCCUGACCAUCGUGGGUACCUCGGUGGUCGGCACAUUCCUCAACAACCAUGCAGAGGCCCAGAAGACAGACCAGGUCAGUACUGUCUUAGACACACACACAGACACACACACACACUGAUGAAUCAUUGAUGAAUCAUUUAUAACACGCUGGUCUCUGCCCCUGCACCUCUCCCACUGUGUGCUCCAGUCUCUGAGGAAGCUGAUGGAGACAGAGAAGGUGAAGGGUUUCUCCCAGGUGGUGAUCUCCUCCAACCUGAGGGAUGGAACCUCCCACCUGAUCCAGGUCGGUGGGCUGGGAGGCUUGAAGCACAACACUGUGCUGGUCAGCUGGCCACGCACCUGGAAACAGGCUGAGGACAACCUGCGCUUCAGGAACUUCAUUGGUGAGUUAAAGAAGUGGUUAGAGGAGAGGUUUUUCCAUAGGCUAAGUAUGCUUUGGAUGGGUUUGUGUGUUAUCAUCAUUACAUGAUAACUCCUGUUCAAUCUAUUUGUAGAGGUGGUUAGGGAGACGACUGCAGCCAGCAUGGCCCUGCUGGUCCCUAAGAACAUCGCUGCCUACCCGUCCAACGGGGAGCGCUUCACUGAAGGCCACAUUGAUGUGUGGUGGAUCGUCCAUGAUGGAGGCAUGCUGAUGCUGCUGCCUUUCCUUCUGCGCCAGCACAAGGUGGGAACCAACGGCCCUGUUUGGAUCCCAUUUGGGGAUUUGGAGAGAAAGCACAUCCCACUGGGCACAGACAUCAAUUCAACGUCUGUUCCACGUUGGUUCAAACGUAAUUUCAUUGCAAUGAACUUCCUUGUGUUGACAGGUGUGGAGGAAGUGUAAGAUGCGCAUCUUCACAGUGGCCCAGAUGGACGACAACAGCAUCCAGAUGAAGAAAGACCUGAUCACCUUCCUGUAUCACCUGCGUAUCGAUGCCGAGGUCGAGGUGGUGGAAAUGGUGAGAGACAAAAAUGUAAAACUAUUAUAUGCUCCAUAAGGUGAUUUAUUGGUGAGAGCAAUACCAGUUCAGUCGAAUACUGUGCAUUGAUGUAUGUUUUAACACCCAUUUCCCUUUUUAGCAUGACAGUGACAUCUCAGCCUAUACAUAUGAGAAGACUUUAGUGAUGGAGCAACGCUCACAGAUCCUCAAACAGAUGCACCUCACCAAAAACGAGAUGGAGAGAGAGGUAAGCCCUGACACAUUCCACGUAAUAUGUACAGUAUAACUCAUACAUAGGUAAUUGAGUAUGAUUUUAUAAUAUCAGUGUAGUUGUUAGCGAACAGCAAAAAAAGCCAUAGUGUCCAAAAGAAAGCUCCUAUGUAGUUUAUCUAACACCUGCCAUUACCACUUCGUUUGAAUUGAACAAUGCCCUGAAGUUUGUUUUGCUAUUCUCUACCUUCAAACAAAUUGUUAUUUGUAUUGAGCCAGCCAUCAUCACUCACUCAAUUUGAAAUGUCAGCAACAGGGCAAGGCAGCAAGUGAAUGAUUAUAAUUACUGAGCUAUUUUGAAAAUGUAAUCUCUGUGUCUGCACUUGCCCAGUUUGAUCUGUCUCAUUAAUCAAGAAAGCAGACUGAGCAACAAUAACAUCUCAGGGAACCUAAGAUAACGCGUGAGGAUUUACAGAACAACCUGUGUGAUCUUACUGUCAUGAGCCUCUCACUCCACCGGGUUACCACCUUAAUUUUCUUCCACUCUGCUCACCACUCUCUCUACUCAGCCUAACUAGCUCCACCUGUCCCUGCUCUGCUCUGCUCUAAUUACUCUGCCAGCUGCGCUGCAUUACCCACUACCUCUCCCAGUAUUUAAGGCCCUGUCUUUCAGCUCUCCGGUGUCAGAUCGCCUGCAAAGCUCACACCCGGAACCUGUUUGCUCGCGCUUCUGGCUCACCCUGGUUUUGUGACCCCGGACCUGCCUGAAUUUUUGGAUACUCUUCUGCCCCAGGAGAUCCAGACCUGCUUCUGCCAUAACGACUCCUGACUACUCUUCAAUCCCGGUAACUCUGACCAGCCUUCUGCCUUGCUACUACGUAUUUUGGAUUUCCCUUGAACUGUACUGCUGCCUUGUUUCAUUCCGCCCUGUUGUGUCUGUGUCUCCCCCCCCCAGGACUUCUGGACCACCCACCACCGGCUUCAUAGGACGCAUCGCUGCCACUGGGGGGGGCACAGACCCAGCACAUUGGACGGGAUCCCUGUUACCCCUGGAGCCUUCAUUCACUCCCUACUUCCCUUUUCCCUUAAGUUUUAAUAAACUUUCUGGUGUGACGCAAUUGUGGUCCUCUGGUCGUCUGUCUGAACCGUGACAGUACGAUCUGACCAUUAUGGACUCAGCGCACACUUUCCCCGACAUGGAAACCGAUGAGCAUGAGCAGCAGUUCCAGCAGCAGCAACAACAACUCGCCAUGAUCAUUCAACUCCUCACCAACCUUACCCCAGCCAGUCUGCCCACCAGCCCUGCCCCCGAGUUACCUGCCCCGGUCAUUGCAGCCGCUGCUCCGGAACCCAAGAUUGGAAACCCCGAGCGGUUUCAACGGCGAUUCAACCCAGGUCCGGCCAUUCCUGACUAGCUGCCGACUUCAGUUCUCCUUGCAGCCAAGGACCUUCGCCACGGAGGGGGCUAAAGUUGGGUAUGCCAUCACUCACCUGACGGGCCGAGCUCGACUCUGGGGAACAGCAGAGUUCGAACGUCAAACCCCCGCAUGUGCAACCUUCGACCUGUUUGCUGAGGAGAUGCUGAAGGUGUUUGACCUGGAUUCACCAACCGCAGAGGCGUCUCGUGAACUGUUCAGUAUUCGACAAGGCAGACGUACAGUCGCAGACCAUUCCAUCGACUUCCGAACCCUGGCUAGACGAAGUUCUUGGCACACACCAUCGUUGGUGGACGCGUUCUUCCAUAGUUUGGCUGACUAUAUCAAGGACGAGUUGGUCUCCCAUGAACUGCCUUCCACUCUUGAUGAAGCCAUCGCACUGACUGUCAGGAUCGACAGAAGGAUACAGACCCGUCGUCGUGAGAGGGGGCGCCAAGGUCCACCUACUACCGGCAUUCGGAGAGAUCCGACUGGGCUCCUGUCAUCUACUGCCACUCACCCAGGUCAGCUUGAUCAGUCUGAGCCUAUGGAGAUUGGGCGAGCCUCUCUCACUCCUGCAGAGCGCCAGCGCCGCUUCACCUCAAACCUCUGCCUCUAUUGUGGAGGUGAUGGACAUCGUGUGGUAACCUGCCCUUUAAAGGGCCGAAGCUCACCGGGCAUAGGGGGAGUCCGGUUGAGUUCAAUGACCAUCCAGUCCUCCGACCGCAAACCCCUGCUGCAAGUUCACCUCCGCCUCUCUGACUCAACUCACACCCUGGCUGCUCUGGUGGAUUCUGGCGCCGAAGCCAACAUAAUGGACAUCAAGCUGGCACGCCAACUGGGACUGGAGAACCUCCGUUUGACACCUCCUAUUCCUGCCCGGGCACUGGACGGACACUUACUCGGAUCGGUCACUCAUGUCACGGCCCCGGUCUCGAUGGGUCUGUCCGGAAACCAUCAAGAAACUAUCCAGUUUCACCUGCUCCCCUCUCCAGGCCAACCCCUCAUCCUGGGUUACCCAUGGCUCCGCCGGCACAACCCUCAGCUCGACUGGGUGACCGGGGUGAUCAGGGAGUGGGGAGAGGACUGCCACCGAACCUGCCUGCUUGCUGCCGCACUACCCCCCUCGGCCAGUACCUACUAACUCCGCUCCUGACCUCUCCAAUGUCCCAGAAUGCUACCAUGGUCUCAGAGAGGUGUUUAACAAAGCAAGAGCCACAUCUCUGCCCCCUCACCGACCGUACGACUGUGCCAUCGACCUCCUCCCUGGAACAGCCCCUCCAAAGGGUCGUCUUUAUUCGUUGUCUGCUCCUGAAAGAAAGUCCAUGGAGGACUACAUCAAUGGCUCUCUGUCCGCAGGAUUAAUCCGUUCAUCUUCAUCUCCUGCUGGUGCUGGCUUCUUCUUUGUGGGGAAGAAGGACGGAUCUCUUCGCCCCUGCAUCGACUACAGGGGACUCAACGACAUCACAGUGAAAAACCGUUACCCUCUGCCUCUGCUCACCUCUGCUUUUGAGUUGCUCCAGGGAGCCACUGUUUUUACCAAGUUGGAUCUCAGAAACGCUUACCACCUAGUGCGGAUCCGGGAGGGAGAUGAAUGGAAAACCGCAUUCAAUACACCAACAGGCCACUACGAGUAUCUGGUUAUGCCUUUUGGCCUCACCAAUGCUCCUGCUGUGUUCCAGGCUCUAGUGAAUGAUGUACUGCGGGACAUGUUAAACAAGUUUGUCUUCGUUUACCUGGAUGACAUCUUAAUCUACUCCAGAAACCUGUCUGAACACACCCGCCAUGUCCAGCAAGUCCUUCAUCGUCUUCUGGAGAAUUCCCUCUACGCCAAGGCAGAGAAAUGUGAGUUUCACGUCAAGACAGUGGCCUUCCUGGGGUACAUAGUGGCAGAGGGAAGUAUCCAAAUGGAUCCUGCCAAAGUAUCAGCAGUCACUUCAUGGCCAGUUCCGGAGAACAGAAAGAAGCUGCAACAGUUUCUGGGGUUUGCUAACUUCUAUAGAAAGUUUAUCCGGAACUACAGUACCGUUGCUGCCCCUCUCACUGCUCUAACCAGCACCAAGCAACCCUUCACCUGGACCCCAGCAGCCGACAAAGCCUUCAGUACCCUCAAGGUGAGGUUCACCUCCGCUCCCAUCCUCCAGAUGCCUGAUGUGGACCGGCAAUUCAUUGUGGAGGUGGACGCCUCGGAUGUGGGAGUUGGUGCUGUGAUUUCUCAGUGGGCUGCGGAGGAUAGGAAGCUCCAUCCCUGUGCCUUUUUCUCACGUCGGUUGUCCCCCUCUGAGUGCAAUUACGACAUAGGGAACCGUGAGCUGCUGGCUGUGAAGCUUGCCUUGGAGGAGUGGCGUCACUGGCUGGAGGGGUCCACCAUUCCAUUUCUCGUUUGGACCGAUCAUAAGAACUUGGAGUACAUCCGCACGGCCAAACGGUUUGAACUCCAGGCAGUCCCGCUGGGCCCUGUUCUUCACCAGGUUUAAUUUCACUCUGUCAUACCGGCCUGGAUCACGUAACACCAAGCCAGACGCCCUCUCCCGUCAAUUCCAGAAGGAUGACACCCCCUCCAAGGACCCUGUGUCGAUUCUGCCAAGUCCCUGCAUCGUUGCAGCUCUGACCUGGGCUGUUGAGGAACAGGUGCUGGAGGCUCUCCGUAACCAGCCAGGUCCCAGCACUUGCCCAGCUGACCGCCUUUUUGUCCCCGAAGACCUGAGGUCCCAGGUCGUUCAGUGGGGACAUGACUCCCGCCUAGCUUGUCACCCUGGCUCCACCCGCACUUACAACCUGCUCGCCCAGAGGUUCUGGUGGCCCUCUCUGAGAAAGGAUGUACGGGAAUUCGUCCAAGCCUGCCCCAUCUGCAACCAACACAAGUCGUCCUGCCAGCCCCCAGCCGGAUUGCUGCAGCCCCUGCCUGUGCCCAGACGUCCCUGGUCUCACAUCGCCCUUGACUUUGUCACGGGGCUGCCCCCUUCAAGGGGCAUGACCGUCAUUCUCACCAUAGUUGACCGUUUCAGCAAGAUGGCACACUUCAUUCCCCUCCCCAAGCUCCCAACCGCCAAGGAGACCGCCCAGGUGGUCCUGGAACACGUCUUCCGGAUCCACGGACUGCCAAAGGAUGUAGUUUCUGACCGUGGUCCACAAUUCUCCUCCGCUUUUUGGAAGGAGUUCUGUCACCUGCUGGGAGCCACAGUCAGUCUGACUUCCGGAUUCCAUCCCCAAUCCAAUGGGCAGUCAGAGCGGGCUAAUCAGGAGCUCGAGAAGGCACUGCGAUGCAUGACUUCACGCAACCCCCACUCCUGGUCGCAGCAAUUGACAUGGGUGGAGUACGCACACAAUUCUCUGAUCUGCUCUGCCAUCGGUAUGUCCCCUUUCCAAUGUGUUUAUGGAUACCAGCCUCCUCUAUUUGCCAGCCAGGAAGAGGAGGUUACUUGCCCAUCUGCACUUGCUUUUGCCCGUCGAUGUCGCCGCACCUGGUCACAAGCCCGAGCCACACUCCUCAGAUCCGUUGCCAGCUACACUACCGGGGCCAACCGUCGGAGAAUUCCUGCUCCCACCUACCAUGUUGGUCAAAGGGUGUGGUUGUCAUCGAAGAACCUGCCACUCAGGGUGGAGUCGCAGAAGCUGGCACCUCGGUUCAUUGGCCCAUUCCCUAUCAUAAGAGUGAUUAGCCCAACUGCUGUCCGGCUCCAACUGCCUAAUUCCCUGAGGGUGCACCCCACUUUCCAUGUGUCUAAGAUUAAGCCCAUCCAUGAGAGUCCGCUGGUCCCUGCUGCGCCUUGUCCUCCUCCUCCACGGCUCGUCGAUGGUGGUCUGGUUUACACCGUCCGCCGCCUGCUUCGGUCCAGACGGAGGGGUAGGGGUCUCCAGUACCUCAUUGACUGGGAGGGCUAUGGACCUGAGGAAAGGACCUGGGUGCCAGCUAGUCGGAUUGUGGAUAGGACUCUCAUCACCGCUUUCCACCAACGGCAUCCUGAUCAACCUGCAAUCCGUAGGGGCCGCCCCAGAGGGGUCCCUAACCGUCCUGCCCGCUCGGCUUCCUGUCCUGUGCCUGAUCCUGUCUCGGGACCUGUCCCAUCUCCCGACCACGGCCCUCCGGCUUCCUCCGAGGAUGAGGACGUUCACUCGGACCGUUCGGAGGAGUUCUAGCCCUCCUCCGGCUCCCCUCCUCCCGCCCGGCGUGGUGUUGCUCUUGGGACUUCUGGGGCCGUCCCUUGGGGGGGGGGUUCUGUCAUGAGCCUCUCACUCCACCGGGUUACCACCUUAAUUUUCUUCCACUCUGCUCACCACUCUCUCUACUCAGCCUAACUAGCUCCACCUGUCCCUGCUCUGCUCUGCUCUAAUUACUCUGCCAGCUGCGCUGCAUUACCCACUACCUCUCCCAGUAUUUAAGGCCCUGUCUUUCAGCUCUCCGGUGUCAGAUCGCCUGCAAAGCUCACACCCGGAACCUGUUUGCUCGCGCUUCUGGCUCACCCUGGUUGUGUGACCCCGGACCUGCCUGAAUUUUUGGAUACUCUUCUGCCCCAGGAGAUCCAGACCUGCUUCUGCCAUAACGACUCCUGACUACUCUUCAAUCCCGGUAACUCUGACCAGCCUUCUGCCUUGCUACUACGUAUUUUGGAUUUCCCUUGAACUGUACUGCUGCCUUGUUUCAUUCCGCCCUGUUGUGUCUGUGUCUCCCCCCCCCAGGACUUCUGGACCACCCACCACCGGCUUCAUAGGACGCAUCGCUGCCACUGGGGGGGGCACAGACCCAGCACAUUGGACGGGAUCCCUGUUACCCCUGGAGCCUUCAUUCACUCCCUACUUCCCUUUUCCCUUAAGUUUUAAUAAACUUUCUGGUGUGACGCAAUUGUGGUCCUCUGGUCGUCUGUCUGAACCGUGACACUUACAAUAACUUCCCCACAUUCCCACAAAGAAGUCUUCAUUCUAUAAUGUCAUGCAUUUCUAAAAUCUAAUUAAAAACACAUGCUAUAGAUUUAUCAACAUAUGCAUCAAAUCUGCUUUGCGUUGAGCAAAUUAUAAUAUUUCAAGUGUUGACAAAUUGCUUUUAUGUGAUUUUCUGAAGUGUUGUAACAGUCACUUACAUAUCUCGACUCAAACUCUCAUGUUUGAACUCGUGUUCUCUGUUAAAAGUGCAAAUCCCUUGUUGCUUUGACUACCACAGAUCCAGAGCAUCACUGAUUCAUCCCGUGGUUCUAUCCGUCGUAAGAACCCGUCUAACCUGCGGUCUCAGCAGAGCAGUGAGGAGCCGGCUGGAGUCAGCGUGGAAGAGAAACCGGAGGAGGAGGUACAGCAGUGUCCUCUUACCUAACUCUUUGAAAGUGGCGGUCGGUGCCGUUUAAGUUGAGGGAAGAAUUAUUGUUUGUCCAUGAGCAUGGCCUUAUUUCUAUUGCAGCAUAUUGGAUGACUAUCAUUCAUAUUCCAUUCACCCAGUUCAAUGUAACAGCAAUAGGUUUAGGCUACUACAUGAUACUCAAAUUUUCCCUAUACCCAUCAUGAGGUUGCUACAACCUAGCCUAUGAAUUAAAGUUUGCAACGUAGGUGCACACAGGUGGAGAGAAAAAUUAUAGGUGACAGACAGUGAUACAUUUAAUACCGCCUUGCACACUCUUGCCUGCAUCUAGCUGAUCUAGGGUGUAAUCAUUAGUCCAACAGUUGCAAACGAGAGUUUCUAUUGGACAAAUUCAGGUAUGUUUAUCCCUGUUUCGUUCCGUUGCUUCCGUUUAAGAAAAGUUUAUCAACAGAAUCGGCGAAAUGAAUACACCCCUGAUCACGAGUAAACACGUUUCUCUUUCAUAGCAGCCACGUUGUGUUCCUUUUCGCAUCUAUGCACUUUCCACCUCUCACCUUUUCCUUUCGCUUGUGGACUUCACUGCACAACACAUCAGCUGUAUGUGACCAGGCAAAAAAAACUUUACAAGCCAAACCAUAUCAGAACUGCUACACACAGCCUAGAUCGUUGUCACCAUAUUUGCUUAAGUAACAUCAUAGUCAACAUAGCUAAUAGAACUAACACAUUACUAAACCCACUAAAAUCAUGUAGUAACGUUACAGUGUACAGUCAGUAAGAAGUCUUGCAGUUACACCAGCGGGCCCUGGUGGCAAUAAAUUAGUAAAACCAAAAGCUUACCUUGACUUGGAAGAGUUCCAGUGUUGUGUUGGAUAGUCAUAGCCAGCUAGCCAGCUGGCAUCCCUCUCUUUGAGCAGGGUGUUUGAGUAGGCUAAACUAGCUAGCUGCAUUUGCUAGCUAAGUAAGUGAAACUGAAAGUGAAAAAAAAAAAAGACCAAAUUUCUCUCUAUAUAUAUCUCUCUCUCUCUUGCAUCUCUUUCAUUUAGGAAUAAAUUAAUUUGUUCAAAACUGUUCAACUAUUGUCAUUCUCUCUCUUUGAGUCAAGGUAAGCUUGUGGUCCUCUGUAGCUCAGCUGGUAGAGCACGGCGCUUGUAACGCCAAGGUAGUGGGUUCGAUCCCCGGGACCACCCAUACACAAAAAUGUAUGCACGCACGACUGUAAGUCGCUUUGGAUAAAAGCGUCUGCUAAAUGGCAUAUUAUUAUUUAUUAUAAGUACUCACCAUAUUUUAUGCACUGCAGUGCUAGCUAGCUGUAGCUUAUGCUUUCAGUAAUAGAUUCAUUCUCUGAUCCUUUGAUUGGGUGGACAACAUGUCAGAUCAUGCUGCAAGAGCUCUGAUGGGUUGGAGGACAUCCUCCGGAAGUUGACAUAAUUACUGUGUAAGUCUAUGGAAGGGGGUGAGAACCAAUGUACCCAGAGGAGGACGGAAGCUAGCUGUCCUCCGGCUACACCAUGGUGCUACCCUACAGAGUGCUGUUGAGGCUACUGUAGACCUUCAUUGCAAAACAGUGUGUUUUAAUCAAUUAUUUGGUGACGUGAAUAUAUUUAGUAUAGUUUUAUCUAAAAAAAUAUAUAUAUAUAACGUUUUACCGUUUUUCACUGAGGAGGAUGGCCCUCCCCUUCCUCCUCUGAGAGAGCCUCCACUGCUUUCUGAUAACCCCUUGUAAUAUAAUAAUAUAAUUUAAUAAUAUAUGCCAUUUAGCAGACGCUUUUAUCCAAAGCGACUUACAGUCAUGCGUGCAUGGGUCGUCCUGGGAAUCAAACCUGCUAUCCUGGUGUUGCAAGCGCCAUGCUCUACCAACUGAGCUGCAGAUGACUACUCUAUCAGUCCUUCAUUCUACUGUUUAAACGUUCUUCUUAUUUCUCACCAUCUCUCGCAUCCACUGUAUUUUCCUUUGGUCUACGCUCUAUCCCCUUUCUCAUCUCUAGGCCUACUGCAUGACCUAAUCCUCUGUCCUCUGUCAAAAUGCCAGUUAUCUCGCUUUGACAUUGUCCUCAGGCGUGUAGCAUUUUAAGGGGACCUUUUCCUCUGCAGCAUAAUGAAGGGAUAUGACAGAGCAGUAUGUUACGUAGAUGCUUUGCUAAAGUGCCCCAAUUGUGCUUUCAACUCACUGCCCAGUGGUGGUCUGGUGUUUUUGAUGUGUCACCCCCAACUGACAGGUGUCUCUUUCUUUCCUUCACCCUGUCACGUUGUCCUUCUCUUAGUCUGUGGCUGUCUCCCCGCCCUAAACAGGUGCAGCUGAUCCACAAUAAGAACGCUACCCCCCACCAGCCCCACGUCCCCCAUCACACCUGCAGGGGGAGUUACCACCCCCGGGUCGGAGGUGCAGAUGACCUGGACAGACAAGGCUGAGCACCAGGCCGCAGCAGCCCACCCAGAGCAGGGCGGGGUCAAAGACAUCUUCAACAUGAAGCCGUGAGUCUGCUUUCACUUUCACUUUCAAUCACAUUGUGUCCAAAGGCUUAUGUGGACUUCAGCUACUUCUAAAGUAAACAGAAGAUAAGGAGAAUGUAUUUAUAGGUUGUUGCUGUCGGGGAGUGGCAGCGGUUGAAAAGCUAGUUUCAGGAGUAAUGGCCCAAAUGUUUGAAAGGCUUUUAGUGUCAUCCACACAGCACAACCUCUCAAUGUAUCUUCAGUAUUGUAAAGAGUCAUCUCUGCAUUGUCUUUCUCUUCCUACCAUGCUGCAGGGAGUGGGAGAGCCUGUAAGUAUUAUAUUGUCAUGAUGUUUAAAAAAAAAUUCCAUGCAAAAAUAGCAGUAAUGACACAACAUCCAUCCUGUACUGUAUUCCUUCCUCACCUCCUGUCUGUCCCAUCAGGAACCAGUCCAACGUGAGGCGCAUGCACACAGCUCUGAGGCUCAACGAGGUCAUCAUGAAGAAGUCCAAGGAUGCCAAGCUGGUUCUGCUGAACAUGCCCGGACCACCCAAGAACCGCAUGGGAGAGGAAAACUGUAUCCUAUCACUUCUUUGGCAUGAUGUGUCAUAUUAUAGCCUACCAUAUUAUAUUAUAUGAUAUUAUAACAAUAUGUGGCUUAUACUGUCAUAUAUGUAAGUGAAACCAAAGGGCUAAACAGGAUAGCAAAUAGCUAGCAUGAAUAGGCUAUGAAAGCCAGUUGUGAAAACUUACAUAUUCCUUUACUCUAAUCCUCUGUCAGAUAUGGAGUUCCUGGAGGUCCUCACUGAGGGCCUCAACCGGGUCCUCCUAGUACGUGGGGGUGGACGCGAGGUCAUCACCAUCUAUUCCUGA